AUGCUGGACGGCAGCUCUCAGGCGGUUCUCGGGGAUAUUUCCCCAGGAUCCCUGUCGUCAACCCCGGCGGUCGCACUCCAACCUCCAAAGCUCCAACCCUUCUGCGGCGACAGUGAGGGUUGGGGCCCGGUUAGCAGUAUUCGAUUUGACCUCACGCCAUGUUCUCUUGACCUGGGGGUUUCUCUGGUUGCAGUGUUUGGAAUACUCUUCGGAAGCGCUGCUCUUUGGUUCUUGUUCAAGAAGCGCAUCCCUGAGCCCGUGCCGAAAAAUUGGCAUUUCUAUGCCAAAUUGACCGUGUUAUCCGCUUUGAUAUUCACCACCGCUCUCCAGGCGGCACUUCAAGUUGAGACCUACACCGACUGGUUUGGUGACUUCCGGUUCUGGAGUUCGAUCAUUAUUCUUGCAUCAUUGGGGGUUAUAUAUGCUGUGCAGUACUACGAACACUGGCGCAGCAGACAGCCUAAUGGGGUUGUCCUCUUCUACUGGCUUUUUUUCAUCGUCGCGUAUGUGGUUAAACUGCGGUCGCUUGUCGCCCGGAAAACCUAUGACGACCACCUCCCCUAUUUCAUCUGUUUCAAUGUCAGUCUCGGGCUGGCGAUCUUGGAGUUCGCGCUAGAGUACCUGAUCCCCAAGAAACAGAGUGCUUACAACGCGCUGGGCGACGAUGAUGAAUGCCCCUACGAAUACGCAGACAUCUUUUCCGUUCUUACCUUCAGUUGGAUGACUCCGAUGAUGAAGUUUGGAUACAAGAACUUUUUGACGCAAGAUGACCUGUGGAAUCUUCGGCAACGAGAUACAGCCCGUGUCACGAGUGCUACGUUGGAGGAGCAUUGGGAACACGAGCUUCGGAAAAAGAAGCCCUCUCUGUGGAUUGCAAUGUUCAAAUCCUUUGGCUCCCCUUAUAUGCGUGGCGCGAUAAUUAAGAUAGGAAGUGACACGCUCGCUUUUGCGGAGCCACAACUUCUACGACUCUUGAUUGAUUUUAUUCAAUCGUACCGUACCCCCGAGCCCGAUCCGAUCAUCAGAGGUGUUGCCAUAGCUCUUGCGAUGUUUAUAGUCUCCAUUGUCCAGACUUCAUGUCUGCAUCAAUACUUCCAAAGAGCGUUUGACACUGGUAUGCGUGUCAAAUCGGGUCUCACUGCCAUGAUUUACACCAAGUCCUUGAAGCUUGCGAGUGAGGGCCGUGCAGCGAAGACCACUGGUGAUAUUGUCAAUCACAUGGCUGUCGACCAGCAGCGCUUGUCCGACUUAACUCAGUUCGGCACCCAGCUUUGGUCUGCGCCCUUCCAAAUCACCCUCUGCAUGAUCUCGCUCUACCAGCUUGUCGGUGUGAGCAUGUUUGCCGGAAUUGCAGUCAUGAUUUUUAUGAUUCCCAUCAACGGCGUGAUCGCUCGGAUGAUGAAGAAGCUUCAACUUAUACAGAUGAAGAACAAGGACUCCAGGUCGAGGCUGAUGACCGAGAUUCUCAACAACAUCAAGAGCAUUAAGCUCUAUGCCUGGAACACUGCCUUCAUGAACAAACUUAGUCACAUUCGUAACGACUUAGAAUUGAAUACCCUUCGCAAGAUCGGUGCGACGCAGUCCAUUGCAAACUUCACCUGGCAGUCAACUCCGUUUCUCGUCUCUUGCUCUACAUUUACUGUCUUUGUCUUGAUUGACGACCGUCCAUUGACGACGUCAAUCGUUUUCCCGGCCAUGACCCUGUUCAAUCUUCUUACGUUCCCACUCGCGAUCCUCCCAUUGGUCAUUACGGCUGUCAUCGAGGCCUCCGUUGCUGUUCGACGCCUUACGGAAUAUCUCACCGCCGAAGAGCUCCAGCCCGAUGCCGUUAAACACGAGGAUCCAGUUACCCACAUCGGUGACGAGUCUGUAAGGAUCCGUGAUGCAUCCUUCACCUGGAAUAGAUACAAGGGCGAUCAUGUUAUCGAGAACAUUGACUUUAGCUGCCGCAAGGGAGAGCUUAGCUGCCUCGUUGGCCGCGUCGGUGCUGGAAAGUCGUCCUUCCUCCAAGCACUUCUGGGUGACCUCUGGAAAACCGAAGGCGAGGUGGUUGUUCGGGGCCGUGUCGCUUACGCCGCACAAUCCCCUUGGGUGAUGAACGCCAGCGUCCGAGAGAAUAUUGUGUUUGGUCACCGUUGGGAUCCUCAAUUUUACGAGCUCACUGUGGAGGCAUGCGCUUUGUUAGACGACUUCAAAACCCUUCCUGACGGCGAUCAAACCGAGGUUGGAGAAAGAGGAAUCUCGCUUUCAGGAGGCCAGAAAGCACGGUUAACUUUGGCCCGAGCUGUGUACGCUCGUGCCGAUAUUUACAUUCUAGAUGACGUGCUGUCCGCGGUUGAUCAGCAUGUUGGCCGACACCUUAUCAACCGGGUUCUCGGACGGAAUGGAAUCCUCAGCAGUAAAACAAGGAUCUUGGCUACGAAUUCUAUCCCGGUCUUGAAGGAAGCGGAUUUCAUUGGCCUGAUCCGCAGCAAAACCUUAGUCGAAAAGGGUACCUACGAGCAGUUGAUGGCCAUGAAGGGCGAAGUCGCCAACCUCGUCCGUACCACCAUGAAUGACUCAGAUGAUGAGGGCUCCGACUCCGACAGCCCUGGACUUGCUAGCCCCGAGAGCUCAGAAUCUGCGACUGUCAUUGAGAAUGGUGAGUCUGACAUUUCCGAUACGGAUGAAGCCGAACAGGAGAUUGGAUCUCUUGCUCCCAUCAAGGCUGCUACCCAACGACGAACGAGUACGGUCACUCUUCGUCGUGCUAGCACCGCAAGCUGGCAAGGUCCCAGGCGCAAACUCGCAGACGAGGAAAAUGUCUUGAAGAGCAAGCAAACCCAAGAGACUUCACAACAAGGUAAAGUCAAGUGGAGCGUAUAUGGCGAGUACGCAAAGAACAGUAACCUGGUUGCUGUCGGUUUCUACCUGUUUGCUCUCGUGGCAGCACAAACAGCUCAAGUGGGUGGAAAUUUCUGGCUCAAACACUGGACCGAUAUGAGCGAAAACAACGGGGCGUCUAAUGUUAGAACAUUCAUCCUUGUGUACCUGGCCUUCGGAUUGGGAUCGUCUGUAUUGGUUAUUCUUCAGAAUCUUAUUCUCUGGAUAUUUUGUUCCAUUGAGGCAUCUCGGAAAUUGCACGAAAGGAUGGCAUUUUCCAUUUUCCGUUCUCCUAUGAGAUUUUUCGAAACAACACCAUCUGGAAGGAUUCUUAACCGAUUCUCGAGCGAUAUCUACCGCAUCGAUGAGGUUCUUGCUCGAACAUUCAAUAUGCUUUUUGGAAACACUGCGAAGGCAAUCUUUACAAUCGUUGUUAUCGCAACAUCCACCCCUGCUUUCCUAUUGCUGGUCAUCCCCUUGGGCUACAUUUAUCUUAGCUACCAAAAGUACUACCUUCGCACCUCGCGCGAAUUGAAACGCCUUGAUAGUGUGACACGAAGUCCGAUAUACGCCCAUUUCCAGGAGUCGCUUGGCGGCAUUUCAACUAUCCGUGCGUACAAGCAAGAGCAACGAUUCAGCCUCGAGAACGAGUGGCGUAUGGAUGCCAACAUCCGCGCGUACUUCCCCUCUCUUAGUGCAAACAGAUGGCUGGCUGUCCGCCUUGAAUUUAUCGGUUCUCUUAUUAUUCUGGCAUCAGCUGUGCUUGCGAUUAUAUCUGUGGCGACUGGCAGUGGCCUGUCUGCAGGUAUGGUUGGUUUGUCAAUGUCGUAUGCUCUCCAGAUUACCCAAUCCCUGAACUGGAUCGUUCGACAGACCGUUGAGGUGGAAACCAAUAUUGUGUCUGUUGAGCGUGUACUUGAGUACGCCAGUCUCCCCAGCGAAGCACCCGAAGUGAUUUUCAAGAGUCGCCCCGCAAUUGGUUGGCCAGCGCAAGGUGCAGUAUCCUUCCAAAACUACAGCACCCGCUACCGCGAGGGUCUGGACCUUGUUCUCAAGGAUAUCAAUUUGGAUAUCAAGCCCCACGAGAAGAUUGGCGUUGUUGGCCGCACAGGUGCAGGCAAGAGUUCGCUUACUCUAGCCCUCUUCCGUAUUAUUGAGCCUACUGGGGGUAGUAUCAGUAUCGACGGACUGAACGUCUCGACGAUUGGCUUAUUCGACCUGCGGGGACGGCUCGCUAUCAUUCCUCAAGAUCCGGCCAUGUUUGAAGGAACAGUGCGAGACAACCUGGACCCUCGCCAUGUACACGACGACACUGAACUGUGGAGUGUUCUUGAGCAUGCGCGACUGAAGGAGCACGUCUCUCAGAUGGAGGGUCAGCUGGAUGCACAGGUUCAAGAAGGAGGCUCCAAUCUCAGUCAAGGUCAACGCCAGUUAAUAUCUCUUGCACGCGCGUUAUUGACGCCUAGUAACAUUCUGGUGCUUGAUGAGGCAACAGCGGCAGUUGAUGUGGAAACGGAUGCGUUACUGCAACGCACACUGCGCAGUACCAUCUUCCAAGACCGCACAAUCAUCACCAUUGCGCAUCGGAUCAACACGAUUAUCGAUUCGGAUCGGAUCGUGGUGUUGGACAAGGGCCGUGUGGCCGAGUUCGAUACGCCUGCAAAACUGAUCGAGCAACGCGGUAAAUUCUAUGAUUUGGUGAAGGAGUCCGGGCUGCUCGACAGUGACGGGAAUGCCAUUAUACAGCCGGGCGCCGCGUUGCCGAGGUAG